ACUUUUAUGUGAAGAGACAUAUACGUAUGUUAUUAAUAAAGUGUAGCGCGUAAUUUCUAUAACUAUUUCGCUAAAAUAAUUAUUUAAACAAAGCUCAAUCUCGUCGAUGCAUAUAAAUCCCAUGCAGCGUUCUCUUUUGCCUUCCCAACAGAUCACUAAUACAUAUGCACGCUGCAAGCGCCCUAUUGCCAAAAUAUGAUCCUUCUCCGCUUGUAUUCGUGUUUGCAUCUUCAUUGAUAGCUUUCAGCAUGUCCCAAAAAUCUAUGCAUGCAGUGAAGCGCUAACUGAUAACGCAAAUAGCUUAGCUCAGCUGACUCUUCAGUUCUUGUUUGGAAAUGUCUCGAAACACGUCGCUCGACCCGGUGCGAAAAGUGAUCAUCGAUGUGGACGUAGGGACAGACGAUGCCUGGGCCCUGUUGCUGCUACUGAAGUGUGAGAAAAAGUUCAAUAUCAAGGUCGAGGCCAUCACAUGCACCCACGGCAAUACGGAUGUUCACAAUGUUGCGCUCAAUGUGCUCCGGAUACUGGGCGCGGUCGAUCGGCUGGACGUCCCAGUGUACAAGGGCGCAAAUGAGUCGUUGAUAACACCUGCGCCGGCGAAAAAGGAACAUUUCCACGGGAUGGAUGGUUUUGGAGAUUUGAAUUUCGAAAUACCCGACGAGAAGCUCAUCAAGACAGAGCAUGCUGUAAAUGAACUGUACCGGAGGAUACUGGGGGAUUGCGGAAACGUGUCUCUGAUUUUCGUUGGCCCACUCACAAACCUGGCGUUGUGUCUGAAAAUGUAUCCCGAUGCGCGGGACAAAAUGAAGGAUCUGUAUAUAAUGGGCGGCAAUCGACACGGCGUGGGCAACACAACCAAAGCAGCUGAGUUCAAUUUUUGGGCUGAUCCGGAGGCCGCACAUAUCGUGUUCAACAAUGUGCAGUGCCCAAUCACACUGUUCCCCUGGGAAAGUUGCGUUUCAGAGCACAAGGCUUUCACGAUGGAUUGGAGACUGGAUGUGCUUGGGAAAACAUCCAACAAAGCAGUUCGGAUGUUGAAUGAAGUCGAACGAAAAUGUUACCACGAGUGGAUGAUGUGGAUGCCUUGUGAUGCAUUUGUAGCCGCUGCCUUCGUGCAACCGAAUAUUGUGACUCGCGCCGAAAAUUUCCACGUCGAUAUUGAACUGGCCGGAACAUUAACCCGGGGACAAAUGGUGCUCGAUCAUUUGAGGCACAACGAGGAAAACACUCGGAUAAUCGAUAAGAUCAAUUGUGAACAGUUUAGACUAUUAAUGUUGUAUACUGCGGAUCACGAAGUCGAAAAUCAAUUAUAGACAUUGUGUA